GAUUUAGGGAUUUCGUAGUCCAUACUAUCGAUGUCGAUGCAGUAAUCCAUAGCAUCUCGAGUUGAAGACUACGUGCGUACUAAAUCGUAUCAAGUUUUACAUUCGUUUACUGGUUCGUGAACAAAUUCCAAAUAAGAUUAAAUAUUCAAAUAAUAUUUGAGUGAAUAUGGAAUACUGGUGGAUACUGUUGUCGACGACGAUCGGAACUCUUGGAGCUAUCCAUUAUCUCUGCAGAAAUUACAAUUUCUUUCAAAGACGCGGUGUCAUCUACAUACCGCCUGUUCCAAUAUUGGGCGCCAUGGUGCCGGUCAUAUUUCGUCGAAUAUCAUUUGCCGAUUUUAUCCGUAAGAUAUAUAAUUUCAAUCCGAAUGCAAAAUACUAUGGAUUUUACGCUACAACAAAUCCGGUCAUUUUGCUUCGCGAUUUGGAACUUAUUAAAGCCGUUCUUGUUAAAAAUUUCGAGGCGUUUCCCGAUCGUCCCAGUUUUAUCGAUUCGGAUGAAUUCUUGGUUACGCAGAAUCUAUUUUCCCUUCACGGAGAAAAGUGGCGGAACAUGAGAAAUCUGUUGAGUUUCUGCUUUACGUCCGGUAAGAUAAAGACCAUGUUUGCAUUGAUGUCAGAAUGUGCUGUGAAUUUUACUAAAUCUCUAUCAACUUUACCAACGAAUAAUAACGGUGUUGAUAUGAAAGACCUCUUCGCGAAAUAUACGAACGACGUCAUCGCCAUAUGCGUUUACGGAAUCAAAGUUGAUUCUAUGAAGGAUUCGACAAACAAGUUCUAUAUUUACGGCAAAAACAUCUCAGAGACUAACAUCGCAAAGCUUGUUUUUUUUCGAACCUUUCCCAGACUCUGGCGAAUUCUCAAUUUAAAGUUAAUAAACAAACGUGUGUCGAACUUUUUCAAAAACAUUAUAAGAGUCACACUCGCCACACGUGAUGUCGAACAUGUUGUACAUUCGGAUAUGAUACAAUUAAUGAUGAACAUCAGGGACAAAGAGGGUCGAAGAAAGUUGAAUAUCGACGAAAUAGCCGCGCAAAUAUUCUUCUUUUUCCUUGGCGGUUUUGAGACCAUCUCAACUACGUUAUCUUUCGCAGCUUAUGAAAUCGCGGUUAACCCGGAAGUUCAGAUUAGACUGCGACGAGAGAUUGACAAAAUUCUGAAAGAAUCGAAUUCCGGAGAAGUGACCUAUGAAACUAUUAAUCAUCUCGAAUAUCUAGAUGCGGUCGUAAACGAAGUUCUCAGAUUUUAUCCACCGACUUUCUUGGAAAGAGUAUGCGACAAAAGUUAUGAAUUACCACCUGCAUUGCCGGGCGAGAAGCCCUUUGUUAUGAAGAAGGGCACGAUUUGCUGGAUCCCAGUUUUCGCGAUCCAUCGUGAUGAGAAGUACUACGAAGAUCCGGAUAGAUUUUAUCCAGAAAGAUUUUUGAACAAUAAGACGUAUCACAACUCGUUUCGCUACAUGUCUUUUGGAUUAGGACCAAGGAUGUGCCUAGGCAAUAGGUUCGCUAUACUGAAAAUCAAGCUCUUGCUGUUUCAUCUGUUAGCGAGAUACGAACUGAAACCGUGCGCGAAAACCACAAUACCGUUAAGAUUUAGCAAGAAAGAUCUGUUAAUGAAGCCGGAAGGUGGAUUCUGGUUGAAUGUUCAGCGUAGAGACAAUAAUACAUAUCCUACAUCCACAUAGAAAAGAAUUCUGGAAUUGAAUAAAAUUUUAAUCAAAUUCCUUCGAAAAAUCACAAAUUCCGUUUGAAAAAUCAAUAAAAAUUUAAAUCAGAAGUGCAAUAGUUAAAUACAAAAAUAUAGAAAUGGAGUAAAAAAAUAAUGCGUAUCGUGUAAUGAGCUCUCAAAAGUGACAAAAAAUGGAAAUCUUGAAUCUGAGAACUCUAUGCAAAAAGAUGAAAAUUGAAACAACACGUAUUACAUUAUUUAUACAUCUAUAUUAGAUUUUUAUAUUUAUCUAAUGCAUGCUUGUUUUCUUCUAGAAUACAAUAUAUUUAUUUUCUUUGUGAGAUAAGCGUAGUGUAUAGCAAAAAUUUUUAAUUAUUUCAAUUAUGUUUUUUAAUAUUUCUUAUGUAUUAUGGUGUAGGUAAUGAGGUAAUAUAGAUAUACGUAUGUGAAAAAUGUGCAUGAGAUUAUUUUAAAAAUUAAUAUGUACUUCUGCACAUCAUUUAUGUUUUGUUAUGACGAAUGAAUUUGUCUGAAUCAUCGCGGAAAUUUUUGACUUUGAUCUCAUUUUACAAUCAAGAUUUUCAAGCCACCUGUUCUAACUCUUGCGCGAGCUCAUUAAAUAUUAUUCUCGUGCAAUAAGAAGAAUUUUGUGUAUUAUUCGAGGCCAACUUUCAAAUAACUAUCUCGAAAGGGAACGUUCAUUGAAUUUUCGCUUUUUUACGUAUUUUCCCUUCUUUCUCUUUCACUGUCAUUUAUAUAUUCAUCCGAUCAUUAUCUCACUAUUAUUAUCGUUGAUUUGAACGUAUCAUGAUUUUCAAGAUUUAUUCUUGAGAUUAAAUUAUUUGCCAGAAACUAUUAUGAAAUUUCACCAACUUAAUAAAAUGUGAAGAAACAUGUGUUUUUAAGUGCUAUAUAUAUUGUUUAUUAUAAAUUUAAAUUUAAAAUAAAGUGUAAGGCUCUAUAGAUAACAAUCUAAUAAGAAUGAAAAUUGGCAAUACGAGCCAAGCGCAGUUAUUUGGGCGCACACAAGUUUAUUUUAAAAAACAUCAAUGCAAAAUAUACAUAUGUGGAUAGCGGACGUUUCGGCUCUUUUUUGAGCCAUCUUCAGCGCACGGGUUUAAAUUAAAUCGCAAAUUCCUAAUCGGUUCGUAAUAUAUACAAGUUAGAAAUUAAAAAUAAAUAAAUAAAAGAUAAUAAAUAAAUAAAAAAAGUAUCGUCAAGAACGAGACAAACCGGUAUGUCUCAGUAGUAAUGCGUCCAGACAGACCGGUUUGGUAAAUAAAUUCUUUAACCAGUUUACUGGUAAUGACUCAUAUAUGGGCAUCAUGAAUAACUCCGCCAAUUUUUAACGGAUUUGCAUUAAACUUGAUACACCCAUGUUUUUUGGGUCGAUGACUAAUACGAAAUUAUUUACUCUUACCAGUUUUGGCACAAAACGUUGAUUUCGGGUCCACCAGUGAACUGGUUAAGAUAUCAUGUGUUCUUUUUUUACACAAAGCAUGAUUUAAUUCUCGCGAAGCUGUGUUAUAUAAAAAGAAAUGUAUUUCUACUCUAUUUUUUCAUUAUUCUCGAAAGAUAUAAAAUUAUAUAUUCCUUUUUGUACAAGUAUUCUUUUGAGGAGGAGAUUUCGUAAGCCGUAUUUAUUUCAAACACAUGUCAAUUAAUCUUAAAAUUGUGUAACCUCAUUAGA